GGUAUCCCGGGGGUCCUCGGUGGUACACGCUGUCCAGCUCGGGGGGCGCAGUUCCGCGCUCAGCCGGCAGGGGGCCCCCGCUCCUCGCCUCUGUUGCAUCACCGUCAGUGACGUCUGGAGGAGCCGCGGAUAAAACCGGAGGCGGCGGGAGCGGAGGCUGAGAGCGGACGGGAGCACGUGGAGGGAGGAGACCGGGGGCAGCACGUGGAGUCAGCAGCACAGACACAGGGGCAGCCAGCGAGGGUCCAGCACCAGACACAGGGGCCCCACAGCUGUUAGAGCCGCGCACACAGCACCAGACACAGGGGCCCCACAGCUGUUAGAGCCGCGCACACAGCACCAGACACAGGGGCCCCACAGCUGUUAGAGCCGCGCAGGUCGGCACCUCAGGGGCCAUGUCGGGGGGCAGCUUGAAGCACCGGGGGUCGGGGUCCCCGGGGGAGGAGGGCCUGGAGGCCAGUGAGAAGAUGCUCCGGGAGAACGGGGCGGCGGGGAAGCCGGAGGCGGUAGAGCUGAAGCGCUCCAUCACCCUGGUGAACGGCGUGGCCAUCAUCGUGGGCACCAUCAUCGGCUCCGGCAUCUUCGUCACCCCGACCGGCGUGCUGAGGGAGGCGGGCUCCCCCGGUCUGUCUCUCGUGGUAUGGGCCGUGUGCGGCCUCUUCUCCAUCGUGGGCGCUCUGUGCUAUGCCGAGCUGGGCACUACCAUCUCCAAGUCCGGGGGGGACUAUGCCUAUGUGCUGGAGGUGUACGGGCCGCUGCCAGCCUUCCUGAAGCUCUGGGUGGAGCUGCUCAUCAUCCGCCCGUCCUCGCAGUACAUCGUGGCCCUGGUGUUCGCCACCUACCUGCUCAAGCCGCUCUUCCCCACCUGCCCGGUGCCCGACUCCGCCGCCAAGCUGGUGGCCUGCCUGUGCGUGUUGCUGCUGACGGCAAUUAACUGCUACAGCGUUAAAGCCGCCACCAGGGUACAAGAUGCGUUCGCUGCGGCAAAACUGCUCGCCCUGUGUCUGAUAAUCAUCCUGGGAUUCGUGCAGCUGGGCCGAGGAGACGUCACCAGCCUGAGCCCGGAGCAUGCCUUCGAUAACACAAGUCGGGAUGUUGGCCAGUGGGUCCUGGCAUUAUACAGCGGACUCUUUGCUUAUGGAGGAUGGAAUUACUUGAACUUUGUCACAGAAGAAAUGAUAGAACCUUACAAGAACCUACCUCGUGCGAUUAUCAUUUCUCUGCCCAUCGUCACCUUGGUUUACGUCCUCACCAACCUGGCGUACUUCACGACGCUUACGCCGGAGCAGAUGUUGACCUCUGAGGCUGUGGCCGUGGAUUUCGGGAACUACCACUUGGGCGUCAUGGCCUGGAUCAUCCCCGUCUUUGUGGGGUUGUCCUGCUUCGGCUCUGUGAACGGCUCUCUGUUUACGUCUUCCAGGUUGUUCUUUGUGGGGUCCAGAGAAGGACAUCUCCCGUCUCUCCUGUCAAUGAUCCACCCCAGACUGAUGACCCCCAUGCCUUCGCUCAUCUUCACGUGCGCCAUGACGCUGCUCUACGCCUUCUCCAACGACAUCUUUUCGGUUAUCAAUUUCUUCAGCUUCUUUAACUGGCUGUGCGUGGCGCUGGCGAUCGUUGGGAUGAUGUGGCUGAGAUACAAGAAGCCAGACCUGGAGAGACCCAUCAAGCUGAACCUCUCGCUCCCCAUCUUCUUCAUCCUCGCCUGUGUCUUCCUCAUUGUUGUGUCGUUUUAUAUGACGCCCAUUGAGUGUGCGAUCGGUUUUGUCAUCAUCUUAUCGGGGGUCCCCGUUUACUACUUCGGGGUCUGGUGGCAGAAUAAGCCUGAUUGGGUGCAGCAGUCUAUAUAUUCCACAACCAUCUUGUUGCAGAAGAUGAUGGAGGUUGUACCUCAGGAAUCCUAAAAGCCUCCUGUGCCCCGUCUCUGCGAUCACGACACAGAAUACGGCAGUACUUAAAGGAGCCGAUGUUACAAACGGGGACGCUCUCCAGCCGAGACCCCCAAUACAGACUGAUGACCCCCAAUAAUGUGUGCAGCAACUUAUCCACCAUAACCUCCUGACCUUUUACCUAGCCUGUGUCGGGGGUCAUCCUUUUUGUAGAGUGGUCGUCUUAAUGUUUUUUCUUUUUUAUACAUAAAACUCUGAUGUACAAUUUUUUAGUUGCCUCGGAAGCAACAUGGCCGCGCAGGUCAGAAAAACUGCGGACUUUGAAAACGGGCUUGUACUGGAGCAGGCGGGAAAUCCAGACUAGCCUCCUGCUUCAGGACCAGAUUAUUAUUAAUACCAUAAGCCCCACUGCCUGGGCGACGCUCGCCACAAGAUUGGCGCCGGCUGCUCGCUUCUGCCUGGAUCAUCCCCUCCGCUGAUACAACGUUUCUUCUUGUUUGCUAAAGUUUUUAUAUUUUAAGAAAAAGAUCUACAAAAAGCACUUAAUGUCCAGCGCGGCUGUGAGACUCCCCGCUACUGUAUGGAGGAGGCCGAGUGUGGCACCCGGUGUCAUGCCCCGCCCCCAGAUGAAUGGACGCUGCACCCUGUGUCAUGCCCCGCCCCCAGAUGAAUGGACGCUGCACCCUGUGUCAUGCCCCG